AUGAACAAGCUGAAGGAAGUGAUUAUCCGUGAAGUUUGGACACACAAUUUAAAGGAUGAAUUCAAUCUCAUCCAACAAGUUAUCCAUCAACAUCCUUUUAUCUCAAUGGACACGGAAUUUCCAGGUGUAAUUCAUGUAUCCAAAAUCGGCUGUCGCUAUGAUCGAUCCUCUCGCGAGUAUAGUUGCUUGAAGGCCAAUGUUGAUGCUCUUAAACUCAUUCAGAUUGGUCUUACCCUUUCUGAUUCGAAUGGAAAUCUGCCUGACUUUGGAAGCAAUAAGAGCUACGUAUGGGAAUUUAACUUUUCUGAUUUUGAUGUCAAUCAUGACCCUUGUGAUCAACGUUCCAUUAAUAUGCUCCGCCGUCAAGGGAUUGACUUUGAUCGAAACUUCCGUGAUGGAGUGGAUUCAGUACAUUUUGCUGAACUAUUUCUAUCAUCCCGAUUUGUUUAUGAUAAAUCACUUGUUUGGAUUACAUUUAGCGGGGCUUAUGAUUUCGGAUAUUUGGUGAAAAUUUUGACUCGAAAGAAUUUACCAAACAGUUUGGAGGAUUUUUUAAAUGUAGUACAAGGGUUGUUUGGAAGAAAUGUGUAUGAUAUGAAACACAUGAUGAAGUUCUGCAACUCUUUGUUCGGUGGUCUCGAGUCCGUGGCUACUAUCCUUAAUGUGAGGCGGCUGGUUGGAAAGUCGCAUCAAGCUGGAUCUGAUAGUUUGUUGACCUGGCUUGCAUUCAAGAAAAUGAUGGAGAUUUAUUUUAAGACUGAAACUGAGGCUCCAAAGCUUGCUGGAGUGCUGUUUGGAUUGGAAAUUGAAGCUUAUUGA